AUGUCCUCAGCCAAUGUAGAUUUUUUCAAAGAUUGUGAGAGUAGCGACGACCUAUUCUCCAGCAGUUCGAAAAGCAGCUUGCUGCUGCCGUCCAGUUUUUCGGAUUUAUCUUCCCAAUCAGGCGCCGAUUCGGCGGAUGAUUUACCAUUCAAGUCGUUGGCGUGGGAUAAAAAUCUGGUAGAUUUGUUUAACGAUUUUGCCGAAACGGACAACAAACGUGAAGAAGCCGUCACUAACACUCACACAAUCACACGGGGCGACAUUUUGCGCGAAGAGCCUGCCAGUACUACAAGUAAACCCCCACAGCUGGACGGUUCACUGUACGAAGCACAACACGAAACGUAUGUGCGUUUGGGCGAACACAACGCAUCUGCGGGGACUUACCGAACAGAAAAUUGUACAAACAAAACACAUGGAAGCAAUCGUUUUGCAACGGUUCAGCGCGAGCAUUGUAACGUUCCGGAACAACGGCAACGUGGUUCAAAGUUUAACGACAUCGAGACGCAACCAGCAAUCAACACAAGCGACUCGGCGCACCUCACUAACACUGAGAGCUGGAAUGAUCAUGCGUCGCAAUCGGACGACCGGUGGAAUACUGACACACAGUACGGUUCGCAACGUUUAUCACACCACAGUGAGAAAGAUUCUGGGUACGAUGAAACGAAUGGUGCGACGGAUAAAGAGGAUGCCUUAUCGUAUUCGGACGAGAGUGACAUCUCCGAACGCCAUCGGCAGAUUCAGGGUAGAAUUGUCGAUCUGCUGCAUCAAAUCGAGCGCUGUAUCAACGAAGGCACCGCCCUGACUAUCCGUCGCAAACCUCGCUGGGACACAUGCACAAUCGAGGAUGGAAUUCUACAAACGACCGAUCCGUUGCACGAAGGAAGAACGAUUAGGCCGGCAAACGCGAGGCGCCUACAAUUGAUGGUGAAAAUAUUGGCCACCAUCUAUCAGCUGCUUGCGACAGGUACAAGCUGCACAAAGCGUGAACUUUACUAUCUUCACCUGGACCUGGCACAAACACCAGCCUACGCGUAUGCCACACUGGAUGACAUUGGUGCCCUGCUGGAUGCCGAUGCGUGGGAAAUGAACGUUUUCAACACCUCGAAAGGUUUGAUCGCCGGUCCGUUGGUACUCACGUUGAGCGAUGGUCAAACGAUCGACUGUCGCAUCAAUCGUUGGGGCACGCCGGUACCGUUGGAUGUGAGCAGUGUGGUUGAGCUACGGGUGACAGCCAAGCUGGUGCUGGUCGUCGAGAAGGACACUGUCUUCAAGCGGUUGCUUGAAGAUGGAAUUUUUACUACGUUUCCCGACACGGUUGUCCUGAUAACGGCUAAAGGAUAUCCGGAUGUUUCGACGCGAUUGCUGUUGAAAAAGAUAACCGAUUGGUCGAAAGUUCCUAUUUACGCCCUGAUGGAUGCGGAUCCCCACGGUAUAGAGAUAUUUUGCGUCUAUAAAUUUGGUUCUCUGGCAAUGGUACACCAGCAACGAUCGUUGGCAGUGCCGUCCAUGCGGUGGAUCGGUUUAUUUCCGUCGGAUAUGGAGCUGCUAGGACUACAGGGUGUACCGCUGCGCGAACGUGAACUCAAGCGAAUAGAGCAGAUGAUCAAGCGCCCGUACACGCAGGGACACAUUCAGCGGGAACUUUUAUUGCUCCGGCAGCUUGCAACCAAGGCGGAAAUUGAAAGUCUCUACAAUAUUGCUUCCGAUUUUAUCACAACCGUAUAUUUGAAGGGUAAAUUUAAAGAAUGUUUGACGAACAGUACGGGCACCAUUGUUGAGUAA